GUCAUGUAAGAUUUUGAUUAAUUACGAUGCUUAGAAGCCAAUAAUACUAAGGAUAAAAAUUAAUAAUGAAUCUUGAAUAUUUUGACGAAUCAUUGAAACUCAUUUCCUAUUGCGGAACCACAUUGGGACCUGAAAUGAAGACGAUAAUUGAAAGUUCGCUUACUGCUCUGCAAGGUGACCAUAAACUCACAAAUAUGUUCUUCUGGGGACGAAUCAAUGGUAUCGAGGAAGAUUACUAUGUAGCCUAUGGAUAUACAAUGGAUUGCCUUCGGAAGCGACGAUUUUUCUACAGCACAAAUGGUUACAAUUGGUUUCUAAUGCCAGAGGUAAAUCCAGAACUGAAUGAAGCUUGCUUAGUGUGCACGGAGAUGUUUAAUGGCGACCCGACCAUGUUUAUCGAUGUGACAUUGGACCCCCAAUUUACAAUUGAUGAAAAUCAAUUAAUUUACGCAACUAAGCCAGAAAUCGUUCGAAUCAAGGAAGAGGAUCGACUUGCCUGCACUGUUACUUUGAUAACCGAAGAAAGUGCCUUAAUCCCCCAUGGAGGUCUCUACAAGCAAGUAGACAAGACUUUCAUUUACAAUCCCUUGUUCCAUGGCCUCAAUGAAAUCGAAGCUGCGGAUCUGUCCAACUACCAGCUAUAUCGGGAACCCCAAACCUCGUGGAAUCAUAACUUAUUGCGCCGAGUACAAUAUAAAUAUCCAAUUGACUGUUUGGAUACUCCGAACGAUAUACUUCCCGACGAAAACGGAUUCAGCCUGACCCUAGCUAAUCAUGGAAGACUGGUGUUGAUCAGAAGCCUUUUAUGGCCCGGAAUGUAUUUCUUUCAUAAAGUGGAUUCGCGAAAACAUGGAUUUUGCUAUUUUGGAGCUGGAAAGAAAAAUUUCGAUUUGUUAUUUAUGUUGGAUGAGGUGAAAUAGUUCAUAAUUUAUCUUGUCGUUACUACCCCAUAUUGAAUACUGAAUAAACU